CAUAUGAAAUACUAUUGAGAAAAUUAAAUGUAUUCAUUUAUCUGUAUUGUACAAAGUAAACUUGAAACUAAAACCAGCAAAAAGCAACAAAAUGGAGAGCAGUGAAGCAAACAAGCACAUUAAAAUUGCUUGGAAAAUGGUUUUAGGGUGAUGUGCAGGGUUUCAUUACAUUUGAUGAUCAUAUGAGCUAGUCUGUUUGAUGCAAUUGUAAGGCAAAAUAAGGACCUUCACUGUGAAAAAAAUGCAUAAACGAACCUUACUCAAAUUGAAUUGGAGACCCUGACAUACAGCAUAAAAUAAGCGUAUAAACUGUAAUAGUAGUGUUUAUUGCUGUUUAAUUGUCAGUAAAAACAGGUGCAGUAUGUGACAACUAACAAGAUAAGAUAAGACAGGGAUAAAAACAAUGUUAUUUAACCUGUUUAGCAGGAAUAUCAAAUGCUUUCUGUUUCUGCCUGCUGCCUUUAAAUACCAGCGAAGAGAGUCAGAGCCAGGACACUGCACUGGACACUGAAAUGGAAGGAAUGGUGGUAACUCACUUGAUUUUUGGAAAGAAUUAUUAAUUCGUCACCAACAGUUUGUAUAAGGUAUGGUACAAUAUUAUCUAACUGAAAGACAUUGUGGACUCCAGGUUUUUAAGGACUUCAGAGGCACCAUCAGACCAUGGAUACCAUGAGAAAUGAAGGAGAAAUGACAACAGCUCUGUUGGAUGUCCUCUCCAACCUUGGACUGGAGAAAUAUUAUCCCAACAAACUCAGUCUUCAGUCUCUAUUGGAAGUCAACAAAAGCAGCAUCUAUGAAAAAGCUGUUAUAUCAGUGGAUGAGAUGCCAUUUCAUUUCCUAAGAAAACUGUUUCAAAUCAAUGCCGGGUGCAGAAACUGCACACGUAUAAUCAGCAGCCAUGAUGACACCGAUGACAACGUUGACUUACUGGACCUUUACACAGCAUGUAACCCCUCAGAAAACACAGUUCAUCCUCUUGACUUGAUAGUAGGUCUGUUUCUUUGUGCAGACAGCUUCUUGCAACAGGAAAUGGCCGUCAAGAUGUCUUUAUGCCAGUUUUCCGUCCCGCUGCUGUUGCCCCACACCGACAACAAUCAAUGUACCCUGAUGCUAUGGGCUCUGAGAGAAAUUGUCAAAGAGUGGUGUCCACAUGAUUUGUCCCAAUCAAGAGGAUUUGUUGAAGACAACAUUGUCCAAGCAAGAAUGCCGUUGUUUUCCUUUGUGAGGUUAAAAAGCUGCAGUAUAUCCAAAUCUCAGUAUUUGAAUCAGGUCCUCAGCCGUGACCAGCAGAAUCACACUAUGUUCAUCCACAGAGACAUGGAAGGAGGAAGCCUGACUCGAAAACUGUCAAAUGGUUUAGUGGAAGUUUGCUGGUUUCUUCCUUGUGGAAGAGAAAAUCUUGACGUGUUCCCAGAGCCAGUUGCAUUUGCUAAUUUGCGAGGAGACAUUUCUGAGUCACUUGCACAGUUUACUUUUCUGUAUGAAGUUUCCAAUGCAGUCUUUGUAUUCCUGGACAAAGUUGAAGAAAAGGAACAUCUCAUUCUGAAGGCUCUUCAAGAUGCAAAAUCCAAACUCUAUUUUGUUGUUCAUCGCGGAGACAGUGCUGCUGAGAAUAUGACGUCUGUCAAGAAAACACUGCAAGAUUUGGAUGUACCAAUGAGCAGUGUCAAAAUCAAGGAUUCAAGGGUAAAUACAGCAGAGUUUUCAAAAAAGCUUUGUGAAACCAUCAAAACCUCACUCUGUUCCAUAAAGACCACAAUGAGUAUUGCAGAUAUGCAAAAGAAAGCUGUUGACUUGGGUCUGACUGUGGAUGAAAACAAAACUCUUGAGCAGAAAAAAACAGCUGAGGAGAUCAUGAUGGGGAUUGGUGUGCGAAGUAUACCACACUACAAAAAACAACAGCUUCCUUUGCAAGGAGAGAACUGGAAGAGAUUAUCACAACUGGAGAGGAAGGAGUGCAGAAUCAGUGAUGUCGGCACUGAUGCUGUUGAGCAUCAUAUAGCUCAGCUACAAGAGGAGAAAAAGCACAUUUGGGAAGAACAAAAACAGCAAAAAGUGUCUCAAGGAAUGCUGGCUUUUAUUGAGACCUUAUCAACAAGCAACAGAGAGACAAGACAGUUUUUCUUGAAGUGGAUGAAAUUCAGGUUCAAUGACCAUUCUCGAGACAAACUGAGCAACCUGCGCAACAAAUUCAAAGAGCAAUGCAAAGCAAAGGAUGCCAAACUCAUUGCGGAAGUUGAUCAAGCUCUGUUGGACAGCUCUUUAGGGGUAGAGCAUUACAUGCGAGAGGUGGGACUUCACUAUGAGGUUUCUGCGCACUCAGAUGAUACCACAAAUAAAUUGUCCCAUUUGCCUGAAGUAGCUGCUGAAAUGCUGUUGGAUGGUUAUCCAUUGGAACUGUUGGAUGGUGUUGCUUCAAACGUCCCAGAGAAGUGGGUGACAGCCGUGUUAAUGGAGCUUCACAAGAAGGUCGGGGGACAGAGCAGAUUGUUAGUACUAGCCGUGUUGGGGGUUCAAAGUAGUGGAAAAUCAACCCUUCUCAACACCAUGUUUGGUGUUCAGUUUAGUGUCAGCAGUGGCAGAUGUACAAGGGGGGCCUACAUGCUCUUUCUCAAAGUUGGAGAAGAUACUCAACAAGAGUUGGGUUGUGACUUCAUUCUGCUCAUUGAUACAGAAGGUCUGAAAUCCCCUGAGCUCGCACAACUAGAAGAUAGUUAUGAGCAUGACAAUCAGCUGGCAACUUUUGUCAUUGGCUUAAGUGACGUGACCAUUAUAAACAUUGCAAUGGAGAAUGCAAACGAAAUGAAAGAUGUCCUCCAAAUCGCUGUUCAUGCCUUCUUGAGAAUGAAAGAAAUUGGGAAAAAGACUAUUUGUCAUUUUGUGCACCAAAAUGUUGCUGGAGUUUCAGCUCAUAGCAGAACCCUGACAGAGAGACAACAUCUCUUGGACCAACUCAAUGACAUGACAAAGAUUGCAGCCGACAUGGAAAGACAACCUUUGAUUAAAAAAAUCACAGAUGUGUUGCACUAUGACGUGGAAAACAACAACUGGAACAUCCCAGGACUUUGGCAUGGAACUCCUCCAAUGGCACCAGUAAACACUGGUUACAGUGAAGCCGUAUCACAGUUCAAGAAAAAUCUUCUGGAGUCUGUAGGAAAACAAAGGCAAUCCCCAGCCUCAAAGAUCCCAGACUUUGUAGAAUGGAUGAGAAGUCUGUGGAAAUCAGUGAAAUAUGAGAACUUCAUCUUCAGUUUCAGGAACACUCUUGUGGCCCACGCUUAUGACAACCUGUGCAAAGAGUUCAACCAGUGGGAAUGGGAGAUGCAAAAAGAAAUCCUCUCCAGACAGACAGCAGCAGAGUUAGAAGUUGCAAAUGCCAACAACGACGGUGGAUUGGAAGCAUGGACCACCUUGGUCAGGCUCAAAAAAGAACAACUAGCUGAAGAAAUAGAAGCACAAAAAAACAAAAUGAAAGACAAACUCUCCGAUUAUUACAGAAAGAGAGACAGACAUGUAAACCUGAUAGAGAAAUACAAAGCAGACUUUCUCAAUUGCAUCACAAGCCUGUCAAAUGAGAUUCAACAUUCAGUCAAUGCUAAAUUGGAAGGAACCCUCGAGCGAAAGAUAGCUUUGAGAAAGGCACUGGACAUAAUACAGGAGUACUGUGGCAGGAUUGAAGAGAGAGUCUUGAAGCUUCUGAGCGACUGCAAAGACACCAAACUGUCUGAUGACCAACUUCGAGAGGAGUUUGACAAAAUGUGGACUGCUGCUACUGCCAAUGUACCUGCACUGAAAGAAAAAGAUAUACAGGCAUCCGUUCUCACCCAGCUGAAGAGGAAUCUAUCAAACCGGAAUGUUAACGAGGACUUACAGCACAUCAAAGACCUGAAAAGCUUUGGAAUGGACACAUUUAAGACCCGAAUUGACCAUGUUGACUCUGUCAUGAAGAAGAUUAAAAAUAUGUUGAAAAGAGACAUACAGAUGUUUGCAGACAACGUCAUUGAGACAUCAACAGAGUUUGUUGUUGAUAAAACCAAGUCAGAUGGUGAUUACCAUGAUUCUUUGUCAAGGGAUCUGUUGCAAAGGAUUGAUGAAUCACUAAAUAAAGGUUAUAGGUCUCAUAGCGCAAACAUAAGAUUUGAGAUUGACCUCAAACUUCAUAUUUGUGGAAUUGCUGCCAGAGAGUUCCUCAAAAUGCACCAAAAAUUCUUGUGCAAAAAUGACCCCCGAGCACAGUUGGAACAAUACAAGCCCCAAUACUUGUCUGACUUUCUGGAUUUGUACAAAGAGACAGAUCACUGCCAACGCAAAGCAAAUGAUUAUGUCCAGUUUUGUAUCAAGCCCGCCAUUGAGGACUACAUGAACAGAGCUUUGGGAGUUGACAUUGUAGAUGACAUCUUGACAAGUUGCCAUUCAGUAGAGUACAGUUCACGCUCCAGUUUCCACUACAACAUUCAGAAAGAGUUACUGCUGAAAGAUGACUUUGAGGCAUUUGUCAAGUACAUCUCUCAGUACGAAAUGUAUGUUAAGGACUGGAUAUUUGAGCAGGUUGUUCAAAACAUGCAAGACAACAUUUUGUGUGAAUUAAAGCGAAAGAAGCUGGAAGUUGUAUUUGCCAAAAUAUUGAAGGCAAUGAAGGAGGCCUCAAGUAUGCGAUCAGAUGACAAUGAAAAUGUUCUAAAUCUUGUCUGUGAAAUGCGCAAAUAUCUGAUUCAGGACAUUGUAGUAUCAGAGGAGGCUGAAAAACGCACCUUGUUUCAGAUCAAAACCACAUGCCAGUCAUUCGCACAAAGCUUUACUGCAUCCUUGAACACAUUAAAGGAAACUCUCAAUGUGGAAUUCUCCAAAAUUGAAGACGUACGUGAAACCCUCAAUAAACUUGCAAUAAAACCACAGGAUGAGCUCUUCAAGAGGAUAUUUGGAUGCGGACACCUUUGCCCAUUUUGUCAAAUUCCUUGUGAGGCUGGAGGCAAAGACCACAAGAAACAUCAUGCUGCUGUGCAUCGGCCACAGGGGCUUGGAGCAUACAGAUACCUUUCAACUGAAGUACUGGUUGAAACUCUAUGUACAACUGAUGUGCAGACUGACCGUACAUUUAAAGUAAUUGAUGGGAAAGCUCAGCUGUGGAUUCCAUACAAAGAAUACACAAAAUACUAUCCUGACUGGCACAUUCCUCCUGAUGCCACAAUACAAGCUUCUGAUUACUGGAAGUUUGUACUUGUACGCUACAAUCAGAGAUUUGCUCAAAGGUACAAAGGCAAGCCAGCUGAUGUUCCAGAGGCCUGGAAGAAAAUCACAAAGGAGCAAGCCCUGAAGGGUCUGAAAGACACUUUCAACAUGAGUUAAGAGUUUGCACUGACAACAGUAUUGUAUUGUGUAUAGUGCAUUGUGUAAUAUAUGUGUAUAUCUCAAAGAUGCUGAAAAUACACACAGUAGCCACGUAUACAUGGACCCAAAUAUUCCAAUUCCAUUUGGGUUAUUUGCUCAAACGGAAAGAAUGUAACCUUUGUAUACACCUCAUUCCGAAAGAAAAGUGCCAAUCCGAAUGAAUAUAUAAUGGGAUUCCCAGGGGUGGAAUAUUCCUUUCCCCAAUCAAAUUUUAUCAAAAUACUGGCACUGUGGCUCCAUUUUCGAUUAUUGAGGUAAGAGACACUAUUGAAUUCAAGAAAUAACUCGAAGGUGGUGUCCAUGUGGUGUCUUGCUGUCACAUUGUGUCUUUUGGGAAGAGUUCCUUCAAGAAUCACAUCAUCAAUAAAGGUAAAUGUACUGGAACCUUAAAUGUUCAUUUUUCCCUUUCAUUCAUCAUUUAUAUUUAUGUGCAUUUUCAUUGGUUUAUUUCACAACAAAAUGUUAUUAUAAAACUGUAAAAAAGAUGUUUUAUAUUAAGACUUUUGGCAUUCUGGAACCGAUUGAUUGGAUUUACAUGAUUUCUUAUGGGAAAAUGUAUGUGGUUAGCAUCUGUUUAGGACAGUUAGACCUUCUGGAACAAAUUAAUGAUGAUAACCAAGGUUCCACUCGGCGUAUAGAAGUAAUUGUGACGAUGUACUACACCAAGUAGCCUUUUAAAAAUUGUCAUGUCAAUUUCUGUGACUAUAGGGUUGUUAUUUCAUGUAUACAGGGAUCCAUCCAUCCAUCUAUCCAUCCUCAUAUUAUAUUUCUCCUCAUAUUAUGUGUGGAAGUGGUAAGUUUUGGUUUCUUAAGGUUAAAAGAAAUAAAUUUGAGGCUAAGGUGUUAGCUCGUUAAUUGGCUAUCUACAGUACCUGUAGCAGAAUAGUUAAGCAAUGUGUUGUAAACAAAGAAUAAUAGGUGCGUGAAGGUGACAAUAGGAGUCUUAUUUCAUGUCUGUAGGCUCAUAUAAUGUUCAAAAGUGUAUUUAGAAAUGAAAAAUGUAUUAAGAAGGUCUUCAUUGCAAAUUGCAGACAGUAAAAAUGCAGAUACUUGCAGUACUUGCUUCAUCCUGAAGAGGUAGUGGCGCGUGUGAGCCGGAAGGUGCUUGUCACUGCAGUCCAUUGAGAUGAAAAGCCAGCAGGUAUUUUUGACAACUGUGGCAA